UCAGUCCCCAGUACAACCUGUGUCGCUGCCGCCGCCGCUUGUGUCUGUAUCUGAUCGCCGCAAACAUGACGGUGAAGCAUCUGGACCAAGGCCAGCACCACAGGCCGAGGAUGGCGUUCCUCAGGAAGAUUGAGGCGCUGUUGCUGGAGAUGCAGGACGUGGAGACCGGCAUUAAGAUGCACACGCAGAGACUGAUGAUCACCACCAUCCCCCACGCCAUCACAGGACACGAUAUUCUGGAGUGGAUCAUCCAGCGACUGCAGAUUGCGGAUGAAGAGGGGCAGCACCUGGGGAACCUGAUGGUGAAGUGUGGGUACAUCUACCCCCUGCAGGAGCCCACCAACCUGGUCCUGAAGCCCGACAGCAGCCUCUACAGGUUCCAGACGCCCUAUUUUUGGCCCACGCAGCAGUGGCCGGCGGAGGACACCGACUACGCGAUUUAUUUGGCAAAGAAGAACAUCCGUAAGAAGGGAAUUCUGGAGGAAUACGAGAAGGAAAACUACAGCAAUCUGAACAAGAAAAUCAACCACAAGUGGGACUUCGUGGUCAUGCAGGCGAAGGAGCAGUACAAGGCAGGAAAGGAGCGGAAAAAGUCGGACCGGGUUGUGCUGGACUGUCAGGAGAAGGCGUACUGGCUGGUGCAGCGCCCCCCGCCCGGAUCGCUGGACGCCCUGGAGUACGGGAUGGACCGCGCCACUGACCCCAAUGUCGUCAAGAAGACGACGGUGGAUUUCUACAGGAGGGAGAUCAUGUAUUAUCAGCAGUCACUGAUGAGAUCCACAGUAAAGUCCUCCGUGUCCCUCACCGGGAUGGUGAAGUAUUGUGAGCAGUAUUUCACACACGACCCCAUCAUGUCCGGCUGCCUCCCCAGUAACCCCUGGAUCACAGACGACGCCCUGUUCUGGGAGCUGAACGCCAAGCUAGUGGAGAUUCCUACGAAGCUGCGGGUCGAGCGCUGGGCCUUUAACUUCAGCGAGCUGAUCCGCGAUCCUAAAGGACGGCAAAGCUUCCAGCAAUUCCUGAAGAAAGAGUUCAGCGGGGAGAACAUGAGUUUCUGGGAGGCUUGUGAGGACCUGAAAUACGGCGAUCAGUCCAAGGUGAAGGACAAGGCGGAGGAGAUCUACAAGUUGUUCCUCGCUCCUGGCGCCAGACGCUGGAUCAAUAUAGACGGUAAAACGAUGGAGAUCACGGUGAAGGGGCUGAAGCACCCGCACCGCUACGUGCUGGACGCCGCCCAGACGCACAUCUACAUGCUGAUGAAAAAGGAUUCGUACGCCAGGUACCUGAAGUCUCCCAUCUACAAGGAGAUGCUGAACAAGGCCGUCGUCCCGCAGGAGACCAAGAAAAGUAAUUUCCCGUUCAUGCGGCGACAUCGGAGGUCGAGUCCCAGCCCGGUGAUCCUGCGCCAGCUGGAGGAGGAGGCCAAGGCGAGAGAAGCCGCCAACACUGUGGAUAUCACACAGCUGUGCCAUUACACCGCUCCAAUACCUCACCUGACGGUCUACACCGGUACCUGUGCCCCCCCCUCCCCGGCGAGUCCUUUCCUGCCCUGCCAGCCCAGACUGGAGCUCUGCACGCCGUCGCCCGGACACGUCACUUUACCAAACUGUGCCGCCUGCCCUUCUCCUAUUAGCGUGGCGAUAGAGAGCACGCCGGGCGUGGAGAGAAAGUGGGAGCCCAGCGAGGCCCACCAGUCCGACAACCAGUACCCCUCCUCCACCGACAACACAGAGGUGUCUUUCGGAUCGGAGUCUGGCGGGAACCACCUGUCCGUCCCGCUGGAGAUCAAGACGGCUCCGAAAUCCAAGGUGACCCUGUCCUUCAGCAAGCUGCUGAAACGAGGGUGCUCCAACUCGCCUGUUUUUGCCACCCUCUCACCCAAGUGCCCGGCGGUGAAUCACGGCAAAGUGCAGCCGCUGAACGAGCUGGAGCAGCAACUCCAACAGACGAAGAAGGUGACCAACUUCUUCCAGAUUAAGGUGGACAUCCCCGCGGAGUGCCGGAUCUACCCCAUGGACUCUGAGGAGGAGGAGGGCCCGCUGGCCUGUAAGGACUCCAUCCAGGAGGUGAUCUGCCCCUGGGAGAACAUCCUGGAAGAGGGGAAGGCCGGAUAAGCGGCGCCCGGAGCCGCCCGGAUAACCAAGUGCAUUAGGAUCCGCAGCGAUCGCCUCCACCAUUAACCAGUUCACUGCCGGCGGGGGGCGGAGCUCCUCUGUCACUGAAGCACAGCAGUAUUAGCCAAAAACCCCUGCCCUCCACCCCGGCCGCUGCUUCGGGGGUGACUAGGGUCCAGCAUGGUGUAGCCCGUCAGUCCUCCUCUAUUCAGUGUCACUUGUGCCGCAUCGGGGGACGGGCAUUGCCUCCGUGUGAUAUCGGGGGCGGGCACCCCAGUAUCUGCAGAUCCCACCUCAUCAUCUACCUCCAAUGUAUGGCUACCCAGGGGCCCCCAGCGCCAGGGGCCACGGUAAAGCUGAGGAGCAACCUCAUGUGCUGUACGCCAGUCACUGCCAGAGCUGCAUGUACAAUUCUGCAGUUACAUCAUGUCUCAUACUCCAGUCACUGCCAGAGCUGCAUGUACAAUUCUGCAGUUACAUCAUGUCUCAUACUCCAGUCACUGCCAGAGCUGCACGUACAAUUCUGCAGUUACAUCAUGUCUCAUACGCCAGUCACUGCCAGAGCUGCAUGUACAAUUCUGCAGUUACAUCAUGUCUCAUACUCCAGUCACUGCCAGAGCUGCAUGUACAAUUCUGCAGUUACAUCAUGUCUCAUACGCCAGUCACUGCCAGAGCUGCAUGUACAAUUCUGCAGUUACAUCAUGUCUCAUACGCCAGUCACUGCCAGAGCUGCAUGUACAAUUCUGCAGUUACAUCAUGUCUCAUACUCCAGUCACUGCCAGAGCUGCAUGUACAAUUCUGCAGUUACAUCAUGUCUCAUACUCCAGUCACUGCCAGAGCUGCAUGUACAAUUCUGCAGUUACAUCAUGUCUCAUACUCCAGUCACUGCCAGAGCUGCAUGUACAAUUCUGCAGUUACAUCAUGUCUCAUACGCCAGUCACUGCCAGAGCUGCAUGUACAAUUCUGCAGUUACAUCAUGUCUCAUACGCCAGUCACUGCCAGAGCUGCAUGUACAAUUCUGCAGUUACAUCAUGUCUCAUACUCCAGUCACUGCCAGAGCUGCAUGUACAAUUCUGCAGUUACAUCAUGUCUCAUACGCCAGUCACUGCCAGAGCUGCAUGUACAAUUCUGCAGUUAGCUCAUGCUCCAGUUCCAUCCAGAGCUGGUGGCGGUAUUAUGCACUGUUGUAUCUCUAGUGCAGCACAGUGCAAUGCAUUAUGGGAGUUCUGUCACAAUGUAGCGGUGGUUCCUGGGUGUCAGGGAUCAGCACUCCAGCUGUAGCUAAACUACAACUCCCAACAGGAGCACUUACUCAGCUGUAUAGAUGUGAAAGGAGGAUUCUGGGAGUUGUAGUUUAAGAACAGUCGGAGGUUGCUGAUCCCUCCGGUAUAUGGAGAAUAGAAGGUGAUGUAAGACUGACUGCAGCUCUGGAUGUGACCGGAGUAGGAGACAUCGAACAGCAGCUCUGGAUGUGAUUGCAGUGAUUUGUCACCAAAUUAUGAAGAUUCUCCCCCAUAUGUUGACAAAACCGUCCCUGUGCAGGGGUGCGGUA